UACGGACACCGCGGAGAGACAUUCGGCACACUCGUAAACACUUAGCUGUUAGCCAUUAGCAUAACAUGGCUUCAUUUAUUAUCAAACCUGCUCAUCUUCGCUGUAUCAUUAGUAUAGAAAGACUCAUAUGCGAGCGUCUGACAAAGACAAAACUAUGUUCAGCCAGAAGUUACUCCACUGAAGGAGACAAGAGGAUACCUAAGAUAUACACCAAAACUGGAGACAAAGGUUUUUCAAGCACAUUUACAGGAGAAAGGAGGCCAAAGGAAGAUCAGAUAUUUGAAGCUCUGGGAAAUACAGAUGAACUGUCAUCAGCUAUAGGCUUGGCUAGAGAGUUUUGCCUCAACACAGGCCACACAUUCACACAUCAACUGGACAAGAUACAGUGCAUUUUACAAGAUGUGGGCUCCAAUAUUGCCACCCCAAUGUCCUCUGCAAGAGAAAGUCACAUAAAGAGAACAACAUUUACUGCUCAGCCAGUUGCAGACCUGGAAACCUGGAUUGACACCUUUACAGAGGAACUUCCUCCACUGACUAGUUUUAUUUUGCCUUCCGGAGGAAAAAGCAGCGCAGCUUUGCACUUUGCUCGGGCAGUCUGCCGGAGAGCAGAACGCAGUGUUGCUCCAAUUGUGCGCUCAGGGGAGGCAGAUCCGAACGUUGCCAAGUUUUUGAACAGACUCAGUGACUACCUGUUCACUGUGGCCAGAUACGCUGCCAUGAAAGAAGGCAACAAGGAGAAAAUCUACAAAAGACCUGACUAACCUAUUUGUUUCAGGGUGGCAGAUGCACAUCAGUAAUGUUUGUUGUAUUAGAACUAAAAUAUGAAUAUUGUCUAUACUUUUGUAUUUGUUGGAUAUGAGCAAAUAAUCAAUAAACACACUACUAGCUAAAUCACUAAA